GUUUAAUUCGGAAAUUCCAUGAGUUCUUUUGGUCCAAGCCUAGCCAUAACAUCAACAUUCAAUUUUAACUUCAUCAACAUCAUCAUCAACAGUCAUUAAAUGCAUUGCUGAGCAAAGUCUCUUCUCACACGGAAAAGGUUUAAGCAUUAAUCACCACGCUUGUUCAAUGCAGGUUGGCUUAAUAGUGUUUAUAUUCAAUACUAAAGCCA